GCGCAUGUUAUAUGCCCAAGAGCUGUUUACAGCGAGUCGAGGCGGGAGUAAUGUUGAUUCGAAUUAGAAAAGCGCUUGCAAUAUGGACUACCGAACAGUUGCUUCGUUACUACGACUUUUCAUAAGAUUUAUGUUCCUAGGAGUUGCCGUAUCUUUUAACUUAGACACUAAUUAUACUGUUAUUAAACAAGGACCUCCUGGCAGUUUGUUUGGCUUCGCAGUAGCAGAGCAUCAAGUAACAAAUGCUGUCACAAACAAAGUUGAACAAUGGAUCCUAGCAUCAGCACCAAAAGCAAAUUCAACUUUGAUACCAACAUCCAUACAGACUGGCACUGUUUUCAAAUGUAGUGCUACAAACAGCACAUCCAUAUGUAAAGAAGAGCUUCCAUUUGAUCGUAGAAUCAGCUCCUCUUCUGAAAAUAAAAAUAAUCAGUGGUUUGGGGUAUCAUUGAAAAGUGGUGGAAAAGAUAAAUCUGUUUUGGCAUGUGCUCAUAGGUAUUUGUCAUAUGGACCUGGUGAUAAUUUUCAUUUGUUGUCUGGAAAGUGCCGGUCCAUUGAAGGAAAUUUAGAAUCAUCAGAGUACAGCUUCUCACCAUGUGAAGACCCCAUCAACAGAGCUCAAGUUCCAGCUUAUACGAAUUAUGGUCAAUGUCUCACUGGUAUUGGUGCAGAUAUCAUAUCGGACCAAUCACCGAUGAGGUUUUUGUUUGGUGCAGUUGGUGUUGAGAAUUUUGAAGGAAGAGCAUUCGAACACCUUGCCGCUGAUGACAGCAAUUUCUUUCAGAGCAGUAAAAUAAAAGACAUGGAGCUGAGCUAUUUUGGCUAUUCAAUGGCUCAUGGCAACUAUUUAUUGAAAACGCGGAAAGACAUAGCAAUGGGAGGACCAAGAAGUGACAGCACUGGAAAGGUCAUGAUUCUCAAACGCAGCGGCACCAAUGUUUCUAGAAUCAUAACUUUACCAUUAGCUGAUGACAAGGUUCAGUUUACAUCCGCUUUCGGAUUCGCAGUAUGCACACACAAGCCGGGCGCAAAAAGCAGUAACAGCUACGACCAAUUAUUGGUUGGAGCUCCAUUUCAUCAAAACGAAGCUGCUGAGUCGGGUCAGGUUUAUGUGUACAGCAGAGCUUCUGAGUCAUCGAUGAAACUCGUCACCAAGCUAUCUGUGGCUGUACCUCGUGCCAAUUUCGGUGCUUCUAUCGCAUCUCCUGGUGACCUCAACCUAGAUGGGUACAACGAUAUUGUUGUGGGUGCUCCAUAUGAGAAUGAUUUUAGAGGAGCUGUCUAUGUUUACAUGGGCACUGCGAAAGGUUUCUCGGCCAAGUAUACACAGAAAAUUGCUGCCUCAGUGCUUGAUAGUAAAUUAAGAGCCUUUGGCCGCUCUUUGGCUGGCGGAAUGGAUUUGGAUUCUAAUGGAUACAAUGAUAUAGUUGUCGGUGCAUUUGUUUCGAACCAAGUUGCAAUGAUAAGGUCAAGACCAGUCAUCAAAAUAGUCUCAAAAAUUUCAACAAGACCAGCGAAAAUCGACCCGGAGGACUACAAAACGAAGGAUCAAACGUUUCAAAUUAUCGUCGAAUUCUAUUACGAAGAGCGAUCGAAGCGGUUAACAUCGGACAUAGAAGCGAAAUUAAAGCUUGUCAUGGAUCCCGGUCGUACACCAAGAAUCAGGUUUUCCAAGGAGGAUACAAACAUUGCGGAAGAGGUCAUUUUGGUUCGCAAUGUUGUUUCAAGGAAGAGAUUGCCAGCCUAUCUGUCACGUGAUAAGGAUGGCAAAUUCCAGUCAUUUCCUGAUGUCCGCGUAUCACUCUCCUUCGAACUGACAGAGAAAAACGUACCUCCCGUUAAAGAUGUCGUGACGUCACUUGACAACAGGCCAAUUUUGGAAUCCCAUGAUCUUCACGAUUUGCAUAUGGAGAAUGUUCAUUUGUUUGAGAAAGGAUUCAUUCAGUUCAAACGAGACUGUGACCCAUGCGUGCCAGACCUCAUGAUAAUUGCAAGCAAGAAUUUGACCAUCCGCUUAGGAAAGGUCAACGUUAAACUGAACGCAGCCAUCGAAAACAAAGGGAAAGAUACCGCAUUCCAAACAGAUGUGAUGGUAACCCUUCCAAAAGGGAUCAGUGUUAGUUCAAUCAUGCUUCCAAAUGGGGACCUCAAGCUAUGUGAAGAUGCCGUAGCUCUGCCCAGUGGAAAGCAAAGGACCAAGUGCAAAAAUGUCCUCAAUGAGAUCAAAUCAAAAGCUAAGGAAAAGAUCGAAAUCGUUCUGGAUACCAAGAGGCUGUCCGGUGACUUAGAUGACAAGAUAAUGUCCAUCAAUGUAUCAAGCGCCAAUGCUGAAGACGGAACGUAUCUUGACAAUGUCAUGGAUAUUCAAUUGAAAGUUGUUGCUAAAGCUGAUUUAAAUCUGCAAGGAAAAGCAAUCACGAGACGUGAGUUUUAUGGAGGAAGUAUUGUUGGAGAGAGUGCUAUAAAGGAAGACAGGGGAGCUGGUCACGAAGUGAAACAUCAAUAUUUUGUUAUAAACAACGGCCCAGACAAAAUCCCAAGUGCCGUUAUCACCAUUCAUUGGCCAUAUGAAACAGUAUCCGGAAAACAUCUAUUUUAUCUAAUGGACGUCCAGUCAUCUGAAGCAAAAUGCACCUUUGCACGUGGUCAACAAAACCAAUUACGCCUGAAGUCCUCUACCAGUUCGACGAUUGACCUUAAUGCCACUGCACCAGCAGCCUCAACAUUAGAGAGACGACGAAGAGAUGUCUCGGAAGUGAAUGAAACAACAGAGACACCUUCUACGAAGUCCACUGAUCAACCUCCCGCUGGUCAAAGCACAGAAGUAAGCGAUUCUUCUAAGGGAGUACAGAUGGAAGGCAAAGUCUUGGACUGCCGCAAAAAUACAGCCAAAUGCACGUCUUUCACAUGCAAGGUCGAUGAUUUCCGAAGCCGCAAAGGAGUCCAGAUAUUAAUCAGUGCCAGGAUUUGGAAUUCAACAUUACUCAUGGACUACAAAACUCAGACACUAAGCGUUGUAUCUCAUGCAAGCGUCGCAGUUGGUUCCAAUGCUUCUUACAUCAGCGAUCCAAAUAUGUUGAACAACAAAGCCUCGGUAUUCACAGUGUUGUAUUCUGAGGCACCCAAACCUGUGAAAGAGAGAGUGGCAGUUUGGAAAAUAGUUCUCGCUGUUCUUGCAGGAAUCAUCUUGCUCGCUUUACUUGUGUUUGGCUUGUAUAAGCUUGGAUUCUUCAAAAGAGGUGAUAAAUCAAAAAGCAGGAAAAGUAAAAAGCACGAAGCAUAUGAAGAUGAUGAUUUGCUGGACAAAAAGGCAGCAAUGGAUGAUCAAGAAUAACUGUGGAUGAAAUCACCAUGCAUUCUCUCUUUUAAUCCUAACCAAAAAUUGAAACUGCCAGAAACAUGCUACAGUUUUUCACACUUCAUUGGAAAUUGUUUAGCCGUUCGAAGACGUAGGUUCAGUAUACAGCUGUUUUUGUUUGCUUCAUCCAUUUGCUGCAGUACAUCUUUUAAAGCUUACUAUAUUUUUCAAGUAAACAAAUAUUUGACUAAUGCAUAACGAAGUAUUCCGAUUUCGCUAAACUUUAAAAUUUAACGGUUUAAUUUUCUAUUAUCCUUUGUUUUUAACUUAAAAAUACAUUAAGAAUAAACAUUGAGGUUUGAAGUGAUAUGUAGUAAGGCUGGAUACACAUCAAAAGAGGCAGGGUAGUUUAUAGGUAGAAAUGUAUAGAAAUGUAGCAUGCAAACACGGUACUGUGUAAAUGCGUUAAUUUUAAUUAAAGAUUCAACGUGAACCUUGUUAUGAUUGUCAAGUACGUACAUUUAGAACGAAAAUGGUUAAAAGCUAUUGUCAAGAUCAAAGAGAUACUUUAGCUAGUGUUUUUUUGGAAAUCUGUUAUACCUGUUGUUAAGAUGUUCUAGGUAGUCGAAGUAUACCUGUCAAAACAACGUUGUGACGUGUUUUAACCUGACAUUUAUGAAAUUAUUUUCGAAUGACGAAAUCCCGAAUGCAGGUGUACCAAAAUGAUAGUCAGCCUCGAUUAGGAAUUCGGCAUAACCUCAAUCUGAUGCUGGAAAAUUGAUUGAGGCCCUCUCUACUACUAAAUAUCCGGCUUAAAAGCAUUAGGAGAAAUCCAUGCUUGGGUUUUCUUGUUUGACUGGAUUUAUCGGAGAAGCAUAAAAAGGCAUUAUAGAAGCGCUUACUUUCGAUAAAUUUGUGUACUGUUUUAUAAUCGUGGAGUGGUGACAGUGACUACUUAGAACCUGUAAACUUUUAAUUAUUUUUCUUCCAGUUUCAUACUUUAAUUACAUAGCCUUGACUUUUGUGAUCAUAAAUACCUCAAAAUUAGAUCAUUAAUUUUCUAUUUAUUGUUAUUUAUAGCAUAUUAGAGAUUGUAUUAGAUUAGUAUCGAUUUCUUACUUCGGAAUAGUUCCAACAUAGUGAAUUAGUAGUCCAUGUGCUCUUCCUGUUGACUGCAAGACCAUUUCCCCUCUAAAACGCGGAAGACUGGGAAAAAAGUUGUACAUCAGCUGUCUGUUCAUGGGGAUUCCUACGUCAUACCGUAAAACACACCUGUUGCCCGGAGCCGACUUCGCCAAAAUUAAAAGUAUUUUCUAAUCAUGUAUGUAUGAUUGACAUUAGUUGAUGUAAAUCUUCACGUUUAUCUUUUGGAAACGCAGAUUUUUAUCCUAAAUAGAUAUGUCUACGUUCAUCGUUUCGGC